CUCAUUACAUUCUCUACUCCUCUCCUCUCUUUUGUCUGGAUAUAGUUAAUCUGUACCUUACUGAGGUAUCUAGUUUUAACUUUCUGUUUAUCUGUUAAAUCUCCCAUAUCCAGAUCUAUUGACUUAAGACUUCUGGUCUUUUCUCUACUUUUUGGCCCAAAUCAAGCGAUUCCCAAGUCACCCCACCAUGCCUCUUGUUAACACCACAGAAGUCAACGAGGACACUCGUGUCCUUGGAUACGAUGCCCUGCUUCCCCCUCAGUACCUCCAGUCGGAAAUCUCAGCUCCCGACCGUGCCUUCGAAACUGUCCGCUCUGGUCGCAAGCAGGCCGUGGAAAUCAUCGAACAGCGCGAUGACCGUCUACUCGUUGUCGUCGGGCCAUGCUCUAUUCACGACCCUGAUACGGCUCUCGAGUAUGCGCGCCGUCUAAAGAACCUUUCUGACAGGCUUUCUUCCGACCUCUGCAUUAUCAUGCGUGCGUACCUGGAGAAACCAAGAACGACUGUUGGGUGGAAAGGUCUGAUCAACGAUCCGGAUAUUGAUGACUCGUACAACAUCAACAAAGGUUUGCGCAUUUCUCGUAAGCUCUAUGCCGACCUCACAGGUAUGGGUAUGCCUAUUGCUAGUGAGAUGCUUGAUACCAUUUCCCCUCAGUUCUUGGCCGAUCUCAUUUCCGUCGGUGCAAUUGGUGCCCGUACUACGGAAUCGCAGCUUCAUCGUGAACUUGCGUCUGGACUGAGUUUCCCCAUUGGUUUCAAAAACGGUACAGAUGGAAGCUUGGGCGUUGCCAUUGACGCUAUCGGAGCUGCUGCUCACCCCCAUCGUUUCAUGGGUGUGACAAAGCAGGGUUUGGCUGCCAUUACAAAGACUUCUGGUAACGAACAUGGCUUUGUGAUUUUGCGCGGAGGGACCAAGGGAACCAACUACGACCGUGAUAGCGUCAAGGCCGCUCGCGAAGCCCUUCGUUCCAAGAAACAACGCGAGAUCUUUAUGAUUGACUGCUCCCAUGGUAAUUCCAAGAAGAACCACCUGAACCAGCCCCUUGUUGCGAAGGAGAUCGCCGAUCAACUCCGUGAAGGUCAAGACGCCAUUAUGGGCGUGAUGAUUGAAUCCAAUAUCUACGAGGGUAACCAGAAAGUCCCCCCGGAGGGCCCGUCCGGCUUGAUCAAGGGUGUCAGCAUCACAGAUGCCUGUAUUGACUGGGAUAUGACCGUGGACGUCCUGGAGAACUUGGCUGAUGCCGUUCGUGUAAGACGAGCUCUCAAAGCUGGCAAGGCCAACGGCACCAACGGCGUUAAUAAUUGAGUCCACAUGUUCUUCGCUUCAACGUCUCAAACAUGACACCACCCUUUCUUCGUUUCACUUUGCUCCCUUUUCACGCAUUUCGUUACAGAAUAUCUCAUGUGCAUUUUCUCUGGAUGGUGAAAAAGUUUCUUAGUUACUCGGCGUUUUUUAGUUCUCGACGAUAUCUUCUCUUUUCUUUUCUCUCAAUAUAAACGGGGCAAAGACCAGAGAAUAGUCCCUUCAGCGCGCAAGGCGUUUUUUCCCAGUUUGUUGAACCAAUCGCUAUUCUCAUAGGUGUAUCUCUUUUUCACAUUCCAAUGUACUGCUGAAAAGUGUCUGGGUUGAUACGGCUUAUUCGUCGGUUAGCAUAGCUUUACCCAUUAU